CUUCUUGGAGAAACCCCGUCUGCAGGGCAAAAAAUCCCCUCGUUCGCAUCCCGAUGACUUAGUUUACGAGCUUUAACGAACGGCUUCAUUCAAUAGACCUCUACAUUGCUUCACAAUCAAGGCAUUCCGCGAGUGACCAUGGCUCCGUUGGGCGGCGACAUUGUCUCGCCGUUUGGCCCGCUGCAGGCCGAGCUGGCACGGAUGAAGAAGUCGAAUCUUACGGCUGCCAUCCAGGACGUGGACAAGAUUAUCGAUUACCUCGUGGCUGCCAGAGAGCAGGUUGCUGCUGCCGACGCCGACUCCCAUCGAAUCAGCAUGGCAAUGACAACACUUCAAAACCCCGUCAAGGAUCGCCUCGAUGCCAUCACCAAUGAUCUCAAAGACGUAACGAAAGCACAGCGGAGCUUUGGAAAGGCCCUGGACAAGGCCCUGCCGCAUAGGGAACUACCGAUGGAAGCAGAUGCCAUGGCCGACCACGCCGGUCUCAUAAAUCGCGCUAUAGCCAUGCAUCUCGUCCGGGAGGGCCAGUUUUCCGUUGCAUCGACCUUUGUCCGCGAGUCACGAGACCCAUCUCUCCUUUCACUAGACGCCGCCUUGUCUCCUCGGACGGUGCGGACGGACGAAGAUGGCGAUGAUGAUAUGAUACAGGAAGAUGGAGAGGAGGAGGAGGAGUGUGCGGGGCACGGAGCCAACAAUUACCCCGAGGACCUACAAGGGCAGUUUGCAGAAAUGUACAGCCUUCUUUCGGAGCUGAGAAAUAGGAAUCUUGGUCCGGCAAUUAAGUGGGCACGCCAAAACAACAGCAGACUGGAGGCAACCGGAAGCAACCUGGAGUUUGAACUUUGCAAGUUGCAAUUCGUCUGGCUGUUCAAGGGCCCCGAAGUAAAUGGCCUUCCGGAUGACGAGAGGAAUGGGCAGAUGGGCGCGCUGAGAUAUGCAAGGGAGAACUUUGCGCGCUUUCAAACGAGGCAUCUGAAGGAUAUUCAGCAGUUGUGCGGAGCUAUGGUCUUUGCACCCAACAUUGAAAAGUCCCCCUACCGGCACAUCUUUCAGAUCGACUCGGCUUUCGAAGACGUCUCCGCCUCAUUCACCAGAGAGUUCUGCUCUCUAUUGGGCCUGUCGGCGGAAUCACCGCUGUAUGUCGCCGUCACGGCCGGGUCCAUUGCUCUCCCGCGGCUCAUCAAGUACACAACCUAUAUGAAGGAAAAGAAGACGGAAUGGACGACGGAGAACGAGCUAGCCUUUGAAACACCACUCCCGCCAUCCAUGAUCUACCACUCCAUCUUCGUAUGCCCCGUCAGCAAGGAACAGACAACAGAGCAGAAUCCCGCAAUGAUGAUUCCUUGCGGACACGUCAUCUGCAGAGAGAGCUUGCACAACAUGGCCAAGGGCUCGAGGUACAAGUGUCCCUACUGCCCUACAGAAGGCCAUUUGAAGGAUGCAAUCAAAAUCACCCUUUGAAUGCCCAUCUUUGUGUUAUACAACAUAAAACGACGAGGACCGAGCAUCUUUUUUCCUUCUCUCUCUCUCUUCUUUGGUGGAGGGUUUCCACAGUGUGUUCCAUGGUAAUGGCCUCCAUCCCGGUUUUCUUACUCUUAUUAUUUUUCGUCAUAUUGUUAUUUGGCUUACCAAAGCGAGGAUCAUACAUUCUUUGGGAGUAAUUGGGCUUUUACGAUAACUCAGCACCGCUUAUGUUUUUUUGUUUUUUUUUUUUUCUUUUUUUUUUCUUUUCUUCUUUUCUGGGUGGGAACACGUCAACAAGGUUGGAUUGGUAGCAUCGUAUUUUAUUAUAUUUUUCUGGUUCUUUUCGUAUUAGUCCGGUUUCAGAUGAGAAACAACAAAUCUCGAAUAAACAACGUAGCAUC